AUGGAAGGCCAGAUACCUUAUGAUGAUUAUCUGUUGGUCUUCCUGGCCCCCUGUGAGAAUCCCCAAGCCUGGAUUCCUCCUCAUGAGAGGGUCUACCACCCAGACUACAACAAUGAAUUGACCCAGUUCCUGCCUCGGACUAUCACACUGAAGAAGCCCCCGGAGCCCAGUUGGGUGAUUCCUGACUCAGAUGCACACUGGGCAGGACUACAGGAAGGAGACCAGGUCUUGGCAGUGAAUGAAGUAGAUUUCCAAGACAUUGAACAUACCAAGGUUGUGGAGAUCCUGAAGACAGCCCGGGAGAUCAACCCGCGGGUCAGAUUCUUCCCCUAA